GAAUUAGUUUAGCUUCAGCUUUGAAACGAUUUACUCGCAUGUGAUCAGCGAGCCCCAAGAGGAAUACCAACCAAGCGUUCGUCGAGAGUGGCUUCGAAUUGUAGUUACUACUUUUGCGCUGUGUGGAAAUUGUGCGCGAACAUUCACCAGUAACGACGCGCAGCGGAGAAUAGUUAGAUGUGAAAUUGAAUAUUGUUCGGGCUUACUCAUAUCUGCGGAUAUAUCAGAUCAGAUUUCACGGAUUACGCUGUGACUAUUAUUUUCAGAUUUCUGAAUCUGAAUGUGUGCUCGAGUAUUAAUCUGAGACCGUGGGCAACUUUCCAAAAUUGAAUUAAGCAAUUUUUCGGUGUAUUAGCCAGUGAAUUUUGCUACGAGGUCCUGAUCUCUGAUAAGGAAGCUAUUGCUGAGAGAUUCAUUCACAUUAUUUGUUAUCCUAAGUUAACCCAGCUCAGCAUAGACUGCAGUUUUCCAAGCAGCGGCAACGGAUACUACGUUGUUUGUAAUUUCAGAAUUACCUGUUUGCAAGAUAUUCAGCUUUAGUGAGAAAUAAAGAAAGACAACGAGACAAGCAGCCAAGAGCGAAUUCCUCAGCAUCUGCCGGAACCAUCAUCGUUUGCUUGCCUUUCUUAUGCCUUGCACAAUCAGUUCUUGCACAUGAUCUUUUGGGAGUCCAAAAAUGGGUCAUUGUGAUGCCAUCGCGCAGAAGGUUCGUGUAAACCUUCUUAUACUUCUUGGUCUACUGUGCAUUUUGGCUACAACCGAAAUUUCGGGAAGGACAGUGGAAGAAAGCCUUACCGCCUGCGAACACCUACGAAGUGCUGAGUCCCGACGAGCCAAGGCUCUUUCUAAUAGUCCUGUGGUCAAAAGCGUUCGAGUACCACGAUGUACAACCCUGGGUGAUUUCGAGCCAAUCCAAUGCGCAAAUGAAACUAGUAGUCAAGAUUGUUGGUGCGUCGAUGAUUAUGGUGUCGAACUACCAGGGACUAGGCGCAAACUCCGUGAAGAUGUAAAUUGCAAUGCGCCAUCCGAUUGCCCUGGUUCAAGCUGUAGAAUGUUUUGCCCGUCGGGUUUCGCACGUGAUCGUCGAAGUGGAUGCCCGAUGUGUAGAUGCCGAGAUCCUUGCGAUGGAAUUGAAUGUCCAGGAGGACAAGCGUGUCAACCACAAGAGGUGAAAUGUAAAGCGGAGCCGUGUCCACCAAUACCAACUUGUAAGAAAGCUAGGAGUCUCACCAAUCUAUGCCCAGCUGGUCAACCACUAUCUAUUGAAGGAACAAUUCAGCCCUUCUUAUGUGGCCUGGAUCCAGGCAAACCAGUCUGCCCACCUCUUUAUCAAUGUCUAGUUGAAUCAGGGAAUGACUAUGGAGUUUGCUGCCCAAGCUCAUUAGAGUACAAAAAACCAGGCGCUUGUCCCAAACCCGAUGAUGCUGAAUAUCAAGAGACGUCUGGAUACAUGUGCGGAACACCUUGCACCCACGACCUAGAAUGCGCUCAUAUGGAAAAGUGUUGCUUUACUAAGGGAUGUCAAUUCAGUUGUCAACAACCUCUCAAUAUUACAACUUGCCAUCAAGCUAGAACGCUAUCAGAAAUGUUGGCAGUAAGUGAACGAGAAGGUCGGGGCUAUAUUCCGGAGUGCAAUGGUCCCGGAGGAACUUUCUCCCCCAAGCAAUGUUCGCGGAAUGGUUUGGUUUGUUGGUGCGUUGAUUCCAGAACCGGACACAAAAUUAAAGGCACAAUGGGAGCUGCCGACAUGGUAAACUGUGAUGGAAUUGAAAAUAUUAUUAUGAAGGCCACCGGCCGGAGUGUGAAUAUGGAGCAAUGCGAUCCAAAUAUUUGUGCAGCUAUUUGCGAAUAUGGUUUCAAGAACGACCAUAAUGGAUGCCCAACUUGUGAAUGUUCUACACCAUGUGAGGGAUUUCUUUGUCCUCUAGGAUCACAUUGCGAAAUUACCUCAGAUCCGCUAUGUGAGUCAGGUUCCGCCUUGUGUGCAUCAGCUCCGAUUUGCAAACCUGAUUUAUCAUAUUCAAACCCUUGUGAUAUUGGAACACCACUCACGGAUAACAUCACUGGCGAGGUCUUCUACUGUCACAAUGAAGGGCGCCAAUCGCGAAACUUCCAGUCGAAAUCAUUUUUCGAUGAGGAAGAUAAGGAAGCUCGAGUUUUGACUAAUAAAAUUCAUUGUCCAGAAAAAUAUAUGUGCACCAAACUUCACAGAGAGCCAUUAAACGUUUGUUGUCCGGUUCCAGAGGAAACAACUCCCGCCGUGGAAGAAAUGCAGCGUCAGCAAUCAAUGUGCGAAUAUCUCCGAAGUUUUUCGGAUCGAAUGGAAGGUACGGAAGAAGGAAUGCAGCUCGCACUUUCUCCACCUACCUGUUCAGCCGAUGGGUCCUUCACACACAGGCAAUGUGCGAAGAAAAAGAUUACCGUUACAAGGAGUGAACAGAAAAGGAUUCUUGAAGAAAAUACCAUACGAGAAAUGCGGCAACUUCUAACUAAACGAACCAAACGCUCAGCUUCUAGCGAACGCCUUCAUCUUUAUCCAGUUACGGCUCCACAAAUGGAGCAGAUAGAAGGUCGGAGUGCCAAAGUAAUUUCCACUGGACCGUCUAAUUUGCAAAGCUUACAUGACAAAGGAGAGAAAUUAACUAAUCCAUUACCCGUAUAUGGAAAGAAUAAGGAAAGCUUGGUGGAGGUGGAAGUGGAAGAGUGCUGGUGCGUAGAUGGAUUUGGUACAGAAAUCCCUGCAACAAGAGGGGGAAAUGUAACAGAGAAAAGCUGUCUAGAACUCAAAGAAUCUGUCGAUUGUCUCGAUUUAACUUGCCGAAUGGGCUGCGAGUACGGAUUUAUCCUCGAUCCCGAAACAAAAUGUCCUGUGUGUAACUGUCGCGAUCCAUGCGAUGGAGUGACAUGCUCUGAUGGAAAGGAAUGUCGCACUGUUGAAGUAUCUUGCGAAGGAGAAUAUUGUCCUCCUGUGCCAGCCUGUCUUCCGCGUAAACCAGGACAGUGCCCGUUCCUGGUCCCUCCAGGCCCAGAUAAUAUUGAAGCUAACGCAUGCACCUAUGAAUGUAGAUCAGAUUUUCAUUGUGAUGGUAACAAACGCUGCUGUUCAAAUGGAUGCGGUACUCAAUGUGUUGAGCCACAAAUGAAAACUGCAUGUGAACAUUUACGAUCGAUUCAGAUGCAUCAAGCCUCCGAACUAGGCAUACCUGCGAAACAGAUCUACAUUGCUCAGUGCGAUCGAGAUACAGGAAACUGGAAACAGGUGCAGUGCGGUCCGAAUAGAAUAUGUUGGUGUGUGGACGAACAUGGUCAGGAGAUUAGCGGCACUAGAGUUACCGACAACACUCCUGUGUGCGAAGUGAACUCUGCCUCCCAAUGUCCAAUAAAAGAAUGCUCCCCUUGCGAGAAUGGCUACAAAAUGGAUAACAAUGGUUGCCAAACUUGUGAGUGUCGAAACUUAUGUGAUGAAAUUCCAUGCAUGCAUAAUGAGGAGUGCCAGUUAGUUAACGUUGAAUGUAUAUCUGGACCUUGUCCGAAAAUGCCAAUUUGUGUACCACGAAGAGAAUCCCUGUGUCCAGAAGGAUUGCCACUAAGACAAGAUGGAAAGGAUAUUUUAUGUGGACCCCAAAAUAAAGAUGAAUCAUGUCCAACCACCCAUAGCUGCCAGCUAAAUCCGAUGACGAAUAGGGGUGUUUGCUGUGCAAAGACGCGCGACGUUUGCUUCGAAUCUAUUGAUUCCGUAUGCUUUGCCAAGGAUAGUAAACAAAAUAUCACAAAGUGGCGAUUCAGCCCAAAAUUAAACAAGUGCGUUCCGCUAUUGGUUUCCGGAAAGAAUUCAUGUCAAAGCAAAAAUAUUUUCCAUAGUGAAACUGCAUGUAAAUCAGUAUGCCCAGCUCUCAGCCCCUGUGAACGCCUCAAGCUGAAGAAUAGUUUGGCGGCGAAGCGCACUGGUCAUAUGUCUGUAUGGUUCCAACCACGCUGCGAUCCUGUCACCGGUCAAUGGAGUCCUAUACAGUGCCUAGGGAAACAACCAGCACUCGGCAACAACCCUUCACCUACCAGCACAGGACGAGCAUUUGACUUUAGUGAUAAGUCGAAUAGUCAAUCUCAAGCUGGAGUAUGCUGGUGUGCUGAUAAAAAGGGAGCUCCUCUAAAAGGAACUUUAACUCGCGAUUUGGAACCUGUAUGUAACCAUAGACAAGCAAGACAACGUGUAGAAGCUAGAGCCGAUACGAUGGGUGAUCCGCUAAUGGAAGAACUAGUCCGGCAAUUAACCGUGCUUGCCGAUGAUAAGGAGAAUGAAAUCUUCGAUGAAAUCGAACCCAUCCCGGUGGAGUUUGGAUCUCCAAUUCCAAAAAUUGAGAGUAUGUCUCAACUAACUAAUGAAGAGCCUUCCGAGAGUACAACUCAUCUCGUCAAGACAACAACAAGAUGUCGUUCCUUAAGUAGUGCCUUUUCCGUAGCCUGUGAUGAAAAUGGUGCUUUCUUGCCUAUCCAAUGCAACGGAGAUCAAUGCUGGUGUGUGGAUGCGGCAGGGAAUCAACUACCCAACACUAAUACUUUUAAAAUCGCCACAAAGCAAUGUACUUACACCCCAAUCGAUUCAGUGGCUAUUGAACUCCAUCUCAUCAACAAAUCUGGAAAGACUAUACCAAAUAUCUACGAAGUACUGCAGAAAGAACUGAUCCGCUUACUUGGACCCAUUGUUGAAAAUCUACGUGUCCAUGAGGACAUUGAUGGCUCUGUGGACUUGAAAUUCGAUCUUCACAAUGACGAAAAGAUCGAUAUAGCCUUUGCACUUGAGGAAAUGAUGAAAAAAGGAGAUUUGAUUCUCGGCAAAGGUCUUUUGAAGCCCGACAUAACCCUGUCCCACAUCGUAAACCAUCGUCAAUCAACACCUUUACCCCAGGUCUCAUCGGGUGUCCACGAGAAUACCUUCCAAAUAAUCGUUUUCGUUUUGGCGACGUCGUCAGCCUUUCUUGUUAGUAUCCUCGUGGUUUAUAUCAUGCUUAAGCGCGGUAAAAAGAAAGUCGUUACAACUUACCCUGAAAAUCGGGUCCUGGGAACCGGGGACAAGUAUUUAGACUAUAGUUCGCCUAUUUUUGUACUGAAUGCAACGGAAACUGAAAAAAUUAAAAGUGCAGAGGAAAAAGUGGAGGAGAAAAACUGAGAGUAGCGUUAGACAUGUAACUUUAAGGUACGGUGUAGAAAAUCGAAUGGCAGGGAAGUCGUAGUGCUUAUCUAUAUUGCACCAUUUGGGGAAGGUUUUGCCAUGCCCUACGGGGCAGGUUGCAUAUGUAUAUAUACUCUGAUGGCUCGAAAAUUUCCUUUCUCCUCAAUAAAUUAAUAACUCUUGUUACAUAGCCAAGGGUGACAAAAAAAUAGUAUUUGGUAUUUUAUAUUCUGAAUUACACUUGACUUAUAUAUAUAUGUAUGCAUUCUUCGGUUUAAAUUCUCACCAAGCCCAGGCAAUAUGAAAUGCACAAUGCCCAUAAAAAUCGAUUGAAUAAUGGUCCCACCAUCAUUCAAUUAUUUUUAUAAUUACCGACGACUGUUUACCUGCCACCGUUGCAUCUUUUUUAAGAAAUUAUAAAAAUGAAAAAAAUGUGUCCUUAAUAUUAGAGUUAUCUUAUUUCUACGUUAAUUUGUACAUAAACCUAAUCGUUAUUCUACGUACAUACGAUACCUGUAAAUAGUUUCACCAUUAUGCUGUUCGUUGUUAAAUAUGCUUACCGCAAUCGAAAUUGUGUAGUGCCUCUCAGAUUGGCUGGCGUCGUCGGCAAGGAGGACCAUCAUUGGCAUAACAGCUCAUAACAGAUUGAAUUUGUAUUUAUUUAUUAUGCUAUUUUCAUUAAAAUUGUUUUUGCUUUCAUGUUUUAAAUAAAAACAUAUUUAUUUAUAUAAACUAA